AUGAGCGGAAAGAAGGAGUCUCCUCAACUGAGGAGAAGACGUACAACGUCUAUUGGUAGGAUUGACCUAGGUGACACUUCUGUUCCUGGUCUUUCCACCAUGUCGGUUACAGCGAGGAGCAGAAGCGCAUCUGCGGCCAGGCUGAAGGUGUUAUCUAGCUCCUCUCAAAAUGAUUUGGACGUUUUGAGAAAGCUUUGGUUCUCAUAUAGAGAACUAAGCUAUCGCCAUUCGUGGUUGACGUCAUUUUUGAUAUUGUCGUUCACGUACUUGCUCUACUGGUGUUCUGGCAAUAUGACACCCAGCAAUCCAUUGCACAUGUUUGUUGCGCCAUCCUACCAGAUUGGCGACACAAGGAUGUAUGCCAAGGGUCCAAAGGAUCUAUGUUUCGUGUUUUUCUACAUGAUUUUCUUCACCUUCUUGAGAGAGUUCGUGAUGCAAGUGAUUUUGCGUCCAUUGGCCAUUAAGUUGGGUAUUAAGAAGGAAAAUAAGAUCAAGAGAAUGAUGGAACAGAUGUAUUCCAUCUUUUAUUACAGUAUUUCUGGGCCCUUCGGACUUUACAUCAUGUACCACACGGAUCUUUGGUUGUUCAGAACCGAUACCAUGUACAAGACAUACCCAGACUUCAACAACGAAUAUUUAUACAAAAUCUUUUACUUGGGCCAAGCAGCCUUCUGGGCUCAACAAUCUUGUGUGCUAGCGUUGCAAUUGGAAAAACCAAGAAAAGAUUUCCAAGAGUUGAUUAUCCACCACAUUGUCACAUUGGCUUUGGUUUGGUUAUCCUACGUUUUCCACUUCACAAAGAUGGGGCUUGCGGUCUACAUUACCAUGGACGUUUCAGAUUUCUUCUUGGCCUUGUCUAAGACCUUGAACUACCUGGACUCUUCUCUGACUCCACCUUUCUUUAUGAUUUUCAUUGUUGCUUGGAUCUAUUUGCGUCACUACAUCAAUUUGAAGAUUCUAUGGUCUCUCCUUACCGAAUUCAGAACCGUAGGUAACUACACUUUGAAUUUUGCUACUCAACAAUACAAGUGCUGGAUCUCUCAACCUAUCAUUUUCUUCUUGCUAUUAGCUCUACAGCUGUUGAACUUGUUCUGGCUAUUCCUAAUCUUCAGAAUCUUGUACCGCUUGGUCGUCCAUGGUAUUCAAAAGGACGAAAGAAGUGACAGCGAGUCUACUGAUGAAGAGGAAAAUGAACCUAAAGAAGAAAAUGAAAAAGAAAAAGAAAAAUAA